AUGUUCUCACAAACGUUGGUCUUCAAUGAGGGAAGCACGGAUCUGAGUAGCGAUGGGGAGGACGAGAUUCAAGAGAAUGCGACUAUUACACAGACAAAGGAGAUUUUGAGUCCACAAACUUCAGGAUCUAAAACGCAAGAGCCGCAGUCCGAUUCACGUUCUUUGAUUUUGUGGGCAGCAAGUUUGGAGCUGGAAAGUAUUGGACUCAAGAGGAACUCUUCCCUGCUGCAGAAGACCCUAGCAGAUUCGUGCGAUUCUUUGAACAAGAUCUUGCGUGAUAUACAGAAGGGAUUGGAAAAAUGGAAUCGACUCUCCAGUCAGACCGUUCAACAAAGUAUGGUGACCUCUACCGUCCGAAAAUGUGGAUUGAAACUGACCUUACAGAACUCAAUGCAAAGCUAG